GCCCCGGUGUCGGAGGAUGAGCUGCGGGUGGCGGUGCUGGAGAGCCUAGAGAUGCUGCCGGACCUGGAGGCGUUUGUACUGGAGUGGGAAUGAGCAGGGUAGAGGCCUCAAGAGAUCAUCCAGCCAAAGUCCACCCAAAACACAAAAAGAAAAUAGUUGCCUCUCUGGAAGAUGCCUGGAAGGAGGAGGAGGAGGACAAAGGAGAAGGAUUCCGUGAGCGGAUUCUUCGAAGAGCCGUGAGGAAGUAUCCCGAAGAGGCUGGAGAUCACGUGGAAGGUGGCCACCGGCAAAUCUCCAUCCCCAUGGGCAGAGCUGAGGGCAGCUGUCCUGAAGUGCUGGCCAAAGGGACCCUGGCAGUGAUUGUGGCCGCCUUGGCCUUCUUGGGCUUCUUUUCCACUUCUGUCCUUCUGGUGGUGGCGGUCUGCAUCCUGCGGAUGGUGGAUAAGCAAAGGAAAACAGGGAAGGAAGGGAAAACUGGUUAUCCUUCUUCCAGAAGGCCUCUUCCUCCUAUCCCACCUCCUCGCCCAGAGCAUACGUACAUGAACAUGAAGCCACAUGGCUCUGAUCGCCUCCGUCCAGCCACCCCGCAUACCACAGAGGACGCCUACCUGAGUGUCAAUGAGCUGAAUCCUGGUCCCAGAACCCAUCAGAAUCACCACUACCACAGCUUGAGUGCGUCAUCGCCACCCAAGACCCCCAUGGAAAGGGAGUACAUAAUUCCCGAAAAGGUGCAAUCCUUUUCAAGCCCUUCCUCAGGAAAAAAGUACGUGAAUGUGGAAGAGUCAGAGCCUACAGCUGUAACGGGAGGCUCCCCAGAGAUUGGGAUGACACCUCAAGGACGCGACAAUCACAUUUAUGAAGAAGUGGAAUAGAAGACUCACCCCGAAGAUGUGCUGAUGUGCUGUAUGAACUUUUCCUUGGAGUCCCUGGGCUGCAAAGUGGCUCCUCUGGCGGGGACCAUGGGGACCCCCUUCC